UCGGAGGUCUUGCUAUUGUAGUUGUCCCCUGGCCGAGACGGCUCAGACACGGAUAUGGAGCCCACGGCCAGUCAAUCGCAGGACUGCGAGCCCACGCCUCCUCUACAGCGGCACGGCAGCAAGACCAACUUCUAUCUACCGCCGGUAGAGAGCAGUGACUCCCCUCGCACCUACACUCCCCACACUCGGCCCAGUCCCCAUCCGAGGAACAGUAGGGGACUGGAGGUAUCACGCAGUCACACGCCCGACAUGGAGCGAGCGUCAGGCCCUUCUCCCACAAUGCAGCAGAGGAUCAAGGCCAUCGGAGUGCCCACUCCUCUUGCUAUGUCUAGUCCACUGCGGAGAUCGAAUCCUGGCACACCGACACAGCCGAGGCGGCCUGACUUCAUCUCCGUUUCUGGCAGCAACCACCCUACAACCUACUACGAGUUCCAGGGCAACCGGGGCAACUCGGGGCCUGAGGCGAGCCCCCAGCGGCGUUUCCUGUCCGAAGGAGAGCUACUGCGAGGGGGAGAACUGCCUCCGGUGUAUCCUCGGACGAACAACACGGUGGAUAACAUCCGAGAGUUGGCGGGUUCGCCCCAGAGAGGGGUUUACACGUGGAAAGACACUUCACCCAACGCUUACUGCCAACAGCCCCGCCCCACCUACGACCAUUACCGGUCCAAUCCCACCAGUCCGACUCAGCGGGGGGUAUACUACCCCGCUCUGCGGGGAGGUGUGCCCGUCUAUCCCCCGCCACAGUCACCCCAGGUCAAACGCAAGAACCUAGUGACUCCUGUGACCCCGUGUGAUGGCCGGCGGCGGCCGAUGUCGUUUGUGCGCGCCCUGGAGAUGUCGGACUCCAUGGAGAUGGCGGGGGCCAGCCAGGAGCCCCGGAGAGGCACCACCCCCACCCCCGACAGACAAAGUGUAUAUGAUAUGAACUACGAAAUAUCUGUAUAGCUUUAAUUACACGAGUUUACGAGGAAAGUGAGGCGCAUUCUUUAGUCAAUUCUGUAUUACCUUCAGUUUCUUUGUCAUUCUCUCAAACAAACUAAAAGAAUUUAUUUAAUAUAUUUAUUGUAUAUUAUUUCUUACAUCAACCAAACAAUAUAAAACCUUCAUGUUUAUUUUAACGUUUCAUUAUGCUUAUGUCUCAUUUCACACUUAAAAAUAACGUGUCUAUAAAUUAAUCUUUCACGUGGUUGACAAUUUGGUACCUGUGUGUAUCAAACUUAGGGCACAUUUUUUAAGUAAAACCUAAAAUUUCGUAAUGGAAGAAUUUAAUUCAAAACACACUGAGUAAUUUGAAGAAUUAUGUUUCACAAACUUGACAGUAUAGAUUAACACUUGCUGAUUAAAAUGUUUAAUUUACUAACCAUGCUUUAAAAUACGUAUCUAUGAUUUUGGGCUGCUUUUCUCAACACAUUAAAACCACCAAAUCAUCAACAAGAGCUUUUCCCACAAUUUUUACCUUGUUCAAAAUUAGUGAUUGGUUUAAACCGCAAUUAAAAUUAAACUAUAUUAAUUAUAAUUAGUUGCUGUUUCUGUCCGUCGUUUGUACUGUCGAGGUUAUGUGUUGAACGACAUAUUUACAUAAGAACAAACUACAAGUAUUAGCCUAUUCUUAAUUAUUGCACUUAGCCUUAUAUAUUUUUCACAUCCAACAAAUACUACAGCUGUAACAUUGGACUAUCGUUCUUUUUAUUAACCCUUAAUUACGAUAGCUAACUAAUAAAUUAUAGUCAAGUGUAUAAAUCUCUCUUAGGUGAUUCACUGCAUGUUGAUUUAUAAACACCAAACAAUGAAAGAUCUAGAAGAUAAAAAUAAAUAGCCAACAAUACACUAGUAUUGACAAAGGUGUAAUAACAACCAAGAAAUCACUACGGCAACCAGCCGAUACGUAAUUCUUAUCUACUAGCUGAGUCCUGUGAUUGUGCAACAGAACAAAAGUAAAAUACUAGUUCAACGUUGUAGGUGGCAAUACUGUUGCUAGAGAAGUUCGUCUUUCUUUUAAUAUGAUUUUCACUACUUCCAGACAAUGAUGAAGUAAAAAAAAAUAAUAAUAAACUGUAAUGAAACAAUAUCCACAACGCAUUAGGCAUUUUGGAAUUUAACAAAACGUAACUAUUUCAAACAACUAUUGUAUAAACAUUUAUUUGCUUACAGGCUAUUAAAAAAAUGUUUCUGAAAGAUAAAAGAAUACACCCUUUUCAAUAACGACACACACGAUCGUGUAGAACGUAAACUCUCGACAGGGAAUUUUGACAAACAUACGGUAAUUUUUGCAUAUUUGGAAAUUACGUGAACAAAUCACAAUCGGAAAUGUGAACGUCCAAGUUACAAAAAAUUUAGUGACAAAUUUAAUGUAACUAUAGAAUGUUUUACAGUAUAAUAUGAAACCUUGGAUCUUUAUCUUUAAAUUUACGUAUGUUUUAGUUCAGGCAAAGUAAAAAUAGACUUACUGUGAGAGAUCAUAUUACAACAUAGUUAAUGCAUCAAAAGUAGCUUAGUGCCAUUUGAAAAUGUAGUUAAUACGUCGAUAAUUACUUAAAGCCAGUAGCAGGGUUAAUUGGGUUUUAAAAUUUUUUUAGAUUGGUUUCUAAAUUUAAUGUUUCAAGUCGUUUGAUCCCAGUAUGAGAAGAGAGGCGUUCAAAUGCUCGACAGCUAGUUUAUGUUUUCUUAAUAAAAAAACUCUUGGUACUCCCAUUAUACAAGGUACUGGGAGCAGGAUAAAGAACAAACUUGUUAUUCUUUUCUAGAGAUAACAAUGAUCAGUCAGAUUAUUAUGCAUUAUGUUUGCUCAUAAACAGAAAUAAAAUUACGUGUUCAAAAGAAAAACUGGGUUUGGAAAACUAUCAAACUUAGUAUUAAAAGUAUAUUUUAUCGCAAACAAUACAAUGACAAGUUUCAUCGUCCUAAAAUUUCUACAUUUUUCGUUACAAAUAAAAUUGAUCUUUGGCAUUUCAUUUCCCGUAUUCCGUAACAUCUAAGAAAUGUUUUAAUAUAAGCGAACUGCAGAAAAUACUGCGCUAUCCUCAACAGUAAGAUAGUCAAACCUCUCUUGUCUACUGUUCUAUAGAACCCACGAAUUUGUGUAAUAAUGAUUGAAUUUAAGAGUUCACUUAAAAAACUAUUGGUUUGUUUUGAGAAAAGCGGUCCUUAGUGGAUUUAAUUUUAAACUCAGACUGAAAAUUGUAAAUUUCACUGUAUAAAUUUUCCGGCAAACCGUAUUUCUCUCUUAUGGAUAUUUAAAGAACUCAUCCAGAGUUCACUUCAGUUUUCUAGUUGCCACGGCACAAUGCCAAACCGGUUUACCGGGUAUUCAUGAAUGAACACCACUUUCCUCACAGUGAUACUGGGUAGUUCUGUAGAAGUCGUUGUUAAAUCCGAAUUUAUUUUUGUAACCAUCCCUUAUGUUCUAUUUCUAUAUCACCCAUUAUCUCCAUCUCUGUACUUAACUUUUAUUUCAAAACGUGUGAUGUUAUAAAGUCCGAAAGCUAAGUAAAAAAAAAAUUGAACUCCGAUAUUUUGGUGUUGGUAUGUAAUCUAAGAAAAAAUUAAAUUCCUGUCAUAUGGUUCAGUUAAAAAAAUGGCAUUUUAAAUUAUAAAAUUGUAUUAAUUGUUAUACAACGGCAUGAAAAGAUGUGAAUUGUGUUAAUUUAAAAACGCUAUUAGUUAAUUGUUGAGUGUUUUAUAAUUAUUCACCUCUUAUGCUUGUAUACAGUUUUAACAUUAAUUUCUUUCAAGUUCAUUGUUGGUGGUAAAGUAUUUGGACGGAUAACAGAGUUGUCAUGGGCGUUUGGAAACGGUUGUGUUGAAAAAAUGUAUACAAUCAAUGAAUCAUCUUUAUUUUUAUCAAAUACGUUACAGUGAAUUAGACUGCAUUAAACAUUAGAUGGCUGUUUACAAUUUGUUUCAAUUCACUUCUGAAUAAAAGCCCAUGUGACUUGUUUUAAACAAAUCAAGGGAUACGGAAGCACUUUUACAAAUUAUACAUAUUCAUUGUAAUGUUUGUCAUAUAUACGGAUUCAACAGAACAAUUUUAUAACUAAACUUAAAAAACUUAGUGAUAGAAGAAAUGGAGUACAAAAUGUUUUAUUCAUUAUUUGAUCUCUUGGUAAGAUUAAUAAAUGUCUAAAACAAAGAUCUAAACAAAUACUCAAAGCCACGGCAGCGUAAUCAAAUAUCCCGUAUAACUCUGUAAUCCAGUAUUAUUAAGUGUAUUUAUUUUUAUUUGCUAUUCAGUUUUGAACAAGUGUUAACAUAAUACAUUCCAGUUAAAAAAAAUCACAUGUAUCAUUACUUAAUAUGUUGCGUUGUUUAAGUCACAGAGCAAAGAGAAAAAUUAAAGUAGUAAAUAAAGUUUUUUUUGUGUGGAAAAGGUUUAUUUCAGUAACGAAUUAAUUUUGUAUUUAUUUUUUCAGUGUUUGCCUGAUUGGUUUAGUAUGGAUUUCAAAAUCAAUUUAUGUGUCAAAAAUUGUACGAUUGUGGUUAUAAAAUUAUUUUAAUUUUUAAAAUAGUAAAGAAAUUAAAUGUAUUUUAUUCUUAUCAAGAACAUGUACAUGGUCAACAAACCAUAACUUAAUUAGUCAACUAAUGGAUGUGUUGGACGUUAAGAUCUUGUAUGCAAUUUUAAUUAGGAUUAUUUAGAUUUAUGAUAGCUUAUGUGUGAUUUUAGUGUUUCCAAGGUGCUAAAUGAGUUCCUUUACCAUGUCACUAGUUAACUUCAGUUCUUCGACUCUGUUAAAUAUGUUCUUUAUAUAUUUUUUCUUUUUCGUUAAGUAAAACUUAUGUUUCAUCACCA